CCCAAAUGUUCUUCAACCAUACGAACUAUAAAUACCCUUCAACGCCUUGCCUUCAAAGCAUUAUAUUUGCCGAGGCAUCUCAAACAUUAUUCCAAUUUCUUGCGAAAGAAAGACAAAUGGUAGUGGAACUCUUCGUCUCGUUUUCCCUUCUGUUUCUUUCACUUUUCUUUAUCUUCUCCACAACCAAAUCCUCCAAAUCCAAGACACCCAUCUCAACCCAUCUUUCAAAAUCAUAUCCUUUGAUAGGUAACUAUCUCGAUAUAAGGGCAAACUGGAACCAUCGAGUCCAAUGGACAUCUGAUCUUCUCCAGAACUCGCCCUCUGCAACCUACGUCCUGCAUCGACCUCUGGGUGCCCGUGCCAUUUUAACUGCAAACCCAGCCAACGUCCAACACAUUCUCAAGACUCACUUUCACCUCUACCAGAAAGGUGAACUCUUUCGAAGCACUCUCUUCGAUUUUCUUGGCAAUGGAAUCUUUAACGCCGAUGGUAACACCUGGAAGUUUCAAAGGCAAGUUGCCAGCCACGAAUUCAAUACUAAAUCUUUGCGUAAAUUUGUUGAGACCGUCGUGGAUACUGAACUCUACGAACGCCUAAUCCCAAUUCUUUCUUCUGCCGCUGCUAAUGGAACGGUUCUUGAUUUUCAAGAUAUUCUCCAAAGAUUUGCCUUCGAUAACAUAUGCAAGAUCGCUUUUGGGUAUGAUCCUGCAUACCUCUUGCCUUCUCUCCCGCAAGCUAAGUUUGCACAAGCUUUCGAAGACAGCGUCAGGAUAAGCAGCGAUAGGUUCAAUUCUUUGUUCUGGAAAAUCAAAAGGGCUUUCGGUAUUGGAUCGGAAAAACGUCUCCGAGAAGCCAUGUCUGAAGUACGCCAUUUUGCUGUGAACCUAGUCAAAGAAAAGAAGGAAGAACUCAAGGAGAACUCGUCCAUUGAAUCCGUCGAUCUCUUAUCCCGAUUCUUGAGCUCCGGCCAUUCGGAUGAGACCUUCAUCGUUGACAUCGUGAUUAGCUUCAUACUAGCUGGCCGCGACACGACGUCUGCGGCCUUAACAUGGUUUUUCUGGUUGCUCUCUAAACACCCAGAAGUAGAAACAAACAUUAUCAAAGAGAUACAUGAGAAAUCAGAGAUGCCCGUUUUCGAAGAAGUGAAGGACAUGGUUUACACCCAUGCGUCUUUGUGUGAGAGCAUGAGGCUGUACCCUCCUGUCCCAACAGACUCCAAACUGGCAGUAGGCGAUGACAUUUUGCCAGACGGUACUCCGGUGACCAAGGGAAACAGAGUUACGUACCAUCCAUACGCAAUGGGUAGGCUAGAGACGCUGUGGGGUGUGGAUUGGGCCGAUUACAAGCCAGAGAGGUGGCUGGAGAGAGAUACAACGAGCGAGAAAUGGAAUUUCGUGGGGAGAGAUACGUAUACCUACCCAGUAUUUCAGGCCGGACCCAGGAUUUGUUUGGGGAAGGAAAUGGCCUUCUUGCAAAUGAAGAGGGUGGUUGCUGGUGUCUUAAGUCGGUUUAAGGUGGUACCAGCGGCGGGGGAUGGUGUUGAGCCGGAAUUUGUUUCCUAUCUGACUGCGAAAAUGAAGGGUGGCUUCCCCGUGAAGAUCGAGGAAAGGGUAAAGUGAUGUGCAAAAAGGAUUGAUGAGUUUGGCUUUUUUAUUAGUUUAAUAUUUAGAGGGUUUGUUGAGUUAAUUACUCUAAGCUCAAAGAUUAUGUAUGAAGUUUAAUGUUAAUUGGUGUAUUAUUUCAAAAUUUAGAUGAUUAAGGUUGUAUACUUCUCAAAUAUUGCUCAAGUAGAAAUUGAUUUCUCAGCA